UGUGUGGUUAAUACGGUAUCGCAGAUAGAAGAAAUAGAUACAGAAGUGGUUGUUAAGCUUGCAGACCAGAUGAGGAUGAUGAAUUUUCCUCAGUGGUUUGAUUUACUGAAGAAUAUUUUUUCUAAGUUUACCAUCUUCCUCAAGAGAAUAAAGGCAACGUUAAAUACUAUCCGUAGUGUGGUUUUCUUGGUUCUAGACAAGAACCAAAAAAACAGAGACCUGGAGGACACCUUACAAAAGAACUCUGCUAAGGACAGUACAGUAGACACAGAAGUGGCUUAUUUGACUCAUGAAGGCAUGUUCAUAAGCGAUGCGUUCAGCGAAGGGGACCUCCCGCCCGUAGCAGCUGACACUACCUCUCAAAGAAACACUUCUCCAAACAGUGAGCCCUGUAGCAGCGAUUCGGUCUCUGAACCAGAAUGCACUACUGAUUCCUCGUCCAGCAAAGAGCAAACGUCGUCUUCGGUUACUCCAGGGGGAGUAGAGAUUAUGAUCAGUGAUGACAUGAAGCUGACUGACCUGGAACUGGUCAGGCUGGCAAACAAUAUUCAAGAGUUACUUUAUAAUGCCUCUGAUAUCUGCCAUGAUCGUUCAGUCAAGUUCCUCAUGGCAAGAGCGAAGGAUGGCUUCCUAGAGAAGCUGAAUUCCAAUGAGUUUGUUACUCUUUCUCGCUUGAUGGAAGGCUUUAUCUUAGAUACCGAGCAGAUCUGCGGCAGGAAAAGUAUGUCCUUGCGAGGAGCACUGCAGAGUCAAGCCAAUAGAUUUGUGAACAGAUUCCAUGAAGAGAGGAAGACGAAACUAAGCCUACUUUUGGACAAUGAGCGCUGGAAGCAAGCUGAAGUUCCUGCCGAGUUUCAGGAUCUUGUUGAUUCAGUGUCAGAUGGCAGAAUUUCUCUUCCUGAAAAAAAACCAGCAGCUACUGAAGAAAGAAAGCCAGCUGAAUUCCUCAUUGUUGAAGGACAAAAAUAUGCAACAGUUGGGACAGUAUUGCUGUUAAUAAGAAUAAUCCUUGAAUACUGCCAGUGUGUGGAUAACAUUCCAUCCAUCACCACUGACAUGCUUACCCGCCUGUCUGAUUUACUGAAG